CCUUUAUGGAACAUUUCAAUACGUUUAGAACCGGGAAAUCCGGAUUGAAGCUUCGGUUGCAUAAUAAGAGAAAGGAAACCGUUAAGUUUUUUGAUGGCUCUGCUCAUUGGUUGGUACUUUUGGUGGCUUCAUUUGAAGGGAUGCGAUAAAAGUGAGGUGUUUGGGGUUGCAGCAACGAGUCUCAGCCCUGAGGUGGCAUUAGGAUGGGUCAUAUUGCCGAGCCUGCAGGCCCUGUAGUGAUCGGCUGCAAAGUGCUGCCAAUCUUCAACGAGCAUGGCAUAGUUGAGGGUGCAAUGAAGAAGAUGGUGCACAAGAUCGACGGCAAGAAGGCAGUUGCACGGGUGAAGGAGCUUCUGAAGCUGGCUGCUCAGGCCAGACCUCACGGCGCCACAGUCAGUGGCAAGAAAUGGAAGAAGGUUCUGAGCUUCCACGCAAGGGACAGCGCUGCAGCCGCAACAGCUGCAAAGGGAGGGUGCAAGCAGAAACAGAAGCAGCAGGAGGCGAGCGACGAGAUGAGCUGCAGCUCGAGCAAGCUGAGCUUCAAGUGGGAUGUGGGCAGCUGCUCUUCAGCGUCGUCGGUUGCAUAUUCACCAUUGUCGUUGAUGUCAGCGCCGGCAAAGGCGUCAGAGCAGACGCCAUCUAGAAAAGACUACUACAUGUCAAGGUUGUCGUCCAUGAGCCAGCAGAGUAUGCUGUGCAGCGGCGGCGGCGGCAGCAGCAGCCCAAAGAGCAUGAAGAACAUGGAUGGAGAGGAGGAGGAGGAGGAGGAGGGGAGCUGCAGGAUAGGGCAGUGGAUCACCACGGAUUCAGAUUUUGUGGUGUUAGAGCUGUAAUAGCAUAACCUAAUGUUCAUCCAUCAAGGAAGAUGUGAGCAGAGGCGGCGAGGCAGCAAUGGUUGGAUCAGCGACAGGAAGCCUCUCUCUUUCUCAGUUUCUCGUGAAGAUGGAUUGGAUUCAACAGCUGCCGGGCAGCCCACUGCUCAACCUUUUUGUUUCGCUGCCCCAUUUCCCAUGUGGCGUCCAGUACUCGGCUAAUCUAUUGAUAGGGAUUAUUGAUUGACUGAGCAUGCAACAGCAACGCAAAAUUCUGACGUACGGAUAAUAUUGUGUAUAUAUAUAUAUGUUGUUGCCUUGCUCUUUUCA